AGAUGUCUGAGAGGAAUUCCCCAGAUUCCUGCGAGACAAUGACCAACACAAAGCAGGGGGGGUUCUCUCCGUCUAAUACCUCGCUGCAUAUGCCAGAUGCUGGCACUGCAGUGGCAGCGGCAGAUUCUUAGCCAAGGGCAGUCUAAAUAUCAAUUAACAUAAUGUUACUGUCUGAUGACUAAGAUCAAUAAUAAUACCAGUAAUUAGAAGUGGCAGAAUAGUGGGUGUUAUGCUGAGAAUGAUAAACAUAUUGUUACUGCCAGCUAAAGCUGUUUGGGCAAAUCAGUCACAUUGAAAAUAGCAAUAAACUUGCUUCAGGCAUUUUUGAAACAGGUAGCAUCUCCAAUAAGAUCAGUUAACUGAAACAUCUGACUAGCCAGUUACACAAGUCACUUCUAAAAUAUAUGUACGUGUACAUGUAGGUGUACGGUGAUGUGAUGGCAACGACCAAUUAAAUGCCAAAGUAUCAGUUGCAGACCAGCGGUACAAAAGGCAAUGCGUGGUUGCCAAGGUAAUAACCUGGUCUAUUGUGCCCCUUAAAUUUGCGGUCGUGCUCAGGGCUCUAUUGUGCUGAUGAAAUGUUUUUGUACAUGUAUACUGUACCACCACAAAAAAAUCUGCUUCCUGUGUAUAAAUGUACCGUACACUGUACGCAUAAACAACAAAGGCUGGGGAUCGACACCGGUGAAGUUUGUUCAAACACUUGUUGGUUGAACGAGGGAAAAAUCCAUUUCCUCGUAGUCAAGAACUGUUCUGCCCAACACUGAUAAUCAUUUCGUCGGUGCUCUUUGAGUAUUACAUGGUCAGAUUGCCACGAUUAGGACUGGUGCAUGACUGGUUCAGGAUUCCUUUCCGCAAUGGCUGAAUGCUCAUUCCAAUUCAUCGGGAUCCUGGUCCUGGGCCUCUCCUGUCUGGCUGAAGGGAACCUUACAGCCCCUAACAAGGUGACACUCCCGGUCGGUGAGACUAUACGUGUGACCUGUGCGUACACCCAGGAUGACGCUGACGACGUCUGCCUGCGCUGGAAUCAACCACCAACUGAGCAUGUCAACUACACUGAGGCCCACAACACCACUGGCCGCUUCCUCACCAUGGAGGUAUGAGCUGUCGAGGAAUUCACAAGGACUUUCACUUGUAACGCCAGGGGCAUGAACGGAAACAGAAUUGACGAGGCUUCAACUGUGUUCGUCAGCUGCCCAAAAGAAGAACUUGAGUGCGACAUACAGGAAUCUGUGGAAGGUUGCAAAUUUGAACUAAUGUGCAGGUACAUUCCAAGCUGCUUCACAGUGCUUCGAUGCAAAUUAGCAAAUAGAUUACUGGACUUUCCUGGCUUGACCAAAAAGGGGGACUGGUGCACGACAAAAUACUGUGAAAAUGGCCCGCUAGGCGCCGACAACGUGCUGUGUUAUCUCUACUCCAACACCUUGCCAGCGCAUCUGCAGACGAGGGUCGUCAUUCCCCUGCCGUCCACCCUGACAACAUCUGCUGCCUCUACAGCGGAACCGGUAACACCACCUGCCGAACCAUCACCACAACCACCGGACUCGCCUGACAACUUUUUAAACUUGCCGCAGAAAAUGGUUUCCAAUUUCACAAUGCGUGCCCUGGUGCUCUUGUGGUGGAGUCUCCUCGUGAGCCACCUGGCCUGGGGAAAACUGGAAAUUCCGAGUGUUGUCAAACUUCACACCGGCCAAAGAACACACAUAGAAUGUGUACAUACAUGCCAAAGAGAUGAGUGUGAAGUUCGACUUGGCUGGGUGAACCUACCCCCUGAAUUCCGCGGUUUUGAGGAGUGCUUCAACGCCACCCACCACUCGCUCAAGAUGAGCACCGAGGCUGGACGUGAGGAGGUGCCCAGCAGGCGGCGCGUCACCUGUGUCGCCAGGGCGACAGACGGGGCCACGUUGGAGGAAACAUCAACGUGGCUGGAGAUCUGCCCGACUGAAAUGCUGAAGUGUAAGCUGACGAAGGAGCAACGUGUACCUGCAAACUUGGCCCACGCCAGUUACCUGAGUGCAUGUGAGUUUGUAACUAUGUGCGGCACAGCCCCCCUCUGCGAGGCUAACGGCGAGCUACUUGACUUUCUUGACUUCAAUGCCACAACAGAACCGCCCGUCAAUGUGUUUCGAGCUAUUGGUCUCGCACCAGGAGACACUGUUACCUGUUUCCUCCUUUCUGACAAAAUGGAGCCUCAUCUGCAAACCCGUUUUGAGAUGACGGUGCCGUUGGAAUCCGAGACACCAACACGUGGUUCGCAAACCACCAUCAGACAGCAAGCGUCCACCACCAAGACCACAACCUCUACCACAGAGACCAAGUUGUCCACACCACCCACAUCUCCAACCAACCAGUGCCCUUUGACCCCCUGCGACUGCACCGCGCCCUGGGUUCUGUUUGCCUUGACUUUGAUUGUGCUCAUAUGUAUCAUUGUUAGAAUUCUGCGCAGGUAUGUGAAACAAACACCCGCGAAUCAACGCACUUGGGAAUCAUUUCAUAAUUAUGUAUGUAUGUGUAAGUAUGCUCUUAAAGGAGUAAACACAACCACUGAAGCUUUUAGUGAAAUUAGCUUUUCAGACUAAGGCAACCAUCCUUGUAAACUUUGAAUACAAAAACAUGGCCCUGAAUUUCAGAGACAUGAAAAUAAUCACCUGACCCGUGACAUGGUACUCCAUUCAAAGCAAAAGACUUGCAUAUAUAUCACAAUGUAUAACGCUGUAUAAUAUCACCACGUAACUGCCUCAGCAUAACAGUCUGGUCCUUUUUCAAGUCCAACAUGUGGACUUCAGAUCCAGCUUCUGUCUACAAAUAUGGACUGCUGUUUUGUAUGGGGGGCUCUAUGUUUGUAGAAAGCACAUUUCGCAUCAUCAGUGUCAAAAUAGGAAUAAUUCCCGCUCAAUAUGUAGAGUAGUUUGUUUGAUUUGCGUUUUAAAGAGUCAAAGCCUUUCCAGCAAUCCCUGCUCACCACGUCCCAGGUGUAAUCUCUGGCUAUACAUGUACAUGGACCAAAUUAUUUGAGAAAUGAGUUGUUUCUCGCUUUUUGAUUUGAAAGACAAAAAUUAAACGAGGAAAAAAAGUUCUUUCUCGUCUAUCAUUUAAAAAUGAAAAAUGAUACCACAUUUUUUUUUCGUUUUUCAAUGUAAAAACGAACAACAGCAUAAUUUAUUGCUCCAAUAUGUAAGAAUGAAAAACAGGUCCAUUUUUCAUGGUGUAAUGUAAGAAACAUCUUUGUAAGCCAUCAAAUCAAACAUGGCUGAACUGGAGGAGUACAAGGAAUUUGUUGCUUUUAUAGUAAAAGUAGGAGCAACUCAAAGGGAAAUUUCAUCAAUAGCAGUGUUCUGAGAUGUCCUAGACACUUCCUCGAAAUUACGUGCGCAGUCGAACAAAACUGGGAUUAAACUUUAAAACAAGAUUACUUUCAGUUUUUGUUUUCAACAGAAAGCAAGAAAUGACUUCUGCAUCUUUAUCCUCAUGUUUUGUUUUCAGAAUCGAAAUAUGGAAAACAAGUUGUUUUGAAUGUUUGAUAUUCGUUUCCAAAUCUAAAAACGAAUGAACGAAACGUACACAGACCCAUUCCCCCAUCAUGGGUUGUUUGAUUAUACAUGUAUAGUGUUCAGCAUAAUUAUUUAUUACAGUAUGUAACUAGUGUUUUUACAUAUUUGGUUAAGUAGUCAUUUGGUUUUGUAUGCAAGGCUAGCCAGAGUCUUACUCUUGCCAACCACAGGCCAGCAAAAUGACAAAAGUCUAAAUACCAAGAAUUUUAAAAAUGGGUGUAUUUAUCUGUAUUAGGACAAGGGGCAUGUGCACUUGAUAUUAAGAUUUUUCCCACCACUACUGCCCCGGAAAAAGAAUGAAUCUGUAAAUCUUACAUGCAGAUGAAAUCUGUAUUGCUUUGGGAGUGGUCAUAUCAAGCAAAUCCCAGAGUAAACAAGUUUGAAGUUGUACUUUGGAGUGGCACACAAAUUGUGAAAAUUAUGUACAUAUGCAGUACUGUAUGUUUCUUCUCUUCCGAUAAAAUGCUAGCAAGAUUCAUGUUUUGUACCAUUUUUUUCAAGUCUGAAACUUCUCUAGAAGGUAUCAAAAAAAGAGGAUAAACAGUGUCUGUCUAGGACUGUGCCGAAUAUCCGAAUAACCGAAUAUUCGAUCGAUUGUUGAAUAUUUGAAUUUUAUU